CGACGAAAUGUCGACAACAACACACAUUCUGAAUAGGAAUUGGCCGUACCUACGGACGCAGGGAUCUGCUUUGCUUCGCAAUACGUCUCCGGUCAUAACGCUGAUCUGCUUAAUAACAAUUGUCGGCUAUUUGCUGUCGUUCAGCGAGACUGCAGUAUUAUUUUUAACGGUAACUCCUGGCUAUAUUCUGCCCAAUGCGGAAUUUUGGAUAUGGACAGCAUUCACAUUUUGCUUCAUCGAAUUGCAUUGGUGGGAGGUGUUAGUCGAUGUGGUGACAGUGGGACUGUGUGGUAAAAUGAUUGAACCCCUGUGGGGCCAAAUGGAAAUGUUUAAAUUCUUCGCCCUAAGCAAUUUCGGGGUCUCCAUUUUGACCACCAUGUAUUAUUUGUUCUACUAUAUGAUAACAAAGAACCCGCAGAUUUUGUUUGACGUCCACAUUCAUGGCCUGGCUGGUUAUGUAGCUGGAAUUUGUGUUGCCGUACGACAGAUUAUGCCAGAUCAUUUGAUUUUCAAGACACGCUGGGGAAAACUGACCAAUCGCAAUGUCCCCCUGUCCGUGCUAGUGUUGUCCAUAAUAUUUUGGGCCGUGAAUAUGCUGGAUGGCACAUAUCCUGCUAUGUUCGCCUCGGGUCUGUUGGUAUCAUGGGUGUACUUACGUUUCUAUCAGCACCAUCCCAAUGGUAGAGGAGAUAGUUCGGAGAGUUUUACGUUUGCCAGUUUCUUUCCAAAUAUAAUGCAACCGGUCAUACAGAUGCUGGUCAAGCCAAUAUAUGGGUGCUGCUUGAAGGUGGGAGUGGUAAAACCACCGGCCCCGCCACGCGUUUCCACAGCUAGCUUAACCUCAGUAUCGAUUUCAAUGCCCGGUGUCGAUCCUCAUGAUGUUGAACGCAGACGACAAAUCGCAUUGAAGGCACUAAGUGAACGUUUAAAGGCAACUGAAACCACAAAACACACCCCAUUACCAAAAUCGUUUCCCACAGUUGCUGGGGCCGGUCAAGGGCACGGCCACAGUCACCAACACCAACAUAAACAUCAUCAUGGACACGGUCAUGGUGGACACAGCCAUCAACACGGCGGAAGUGGACAUCACAAUGCCUCUGGUCACAGCCAUCACAGUGGUGGACACGGCGAAAUACAAACUCCACCAUUUUUAUCCCAGUCAACGCCACCAUCCCAGCCCAUUACUACCGCCCGAUCAGAACCCCGUAUGAUCAGCACAAUGAGCCCCAUAGCCAUUCCUAUGCCUGCGCCGCCUCCCAAAACACCACCCGCAGAGAAUUCUGCUGUAGCCACCAGCGAGUAUGUCGCUAAUAAUAGUGAUAAAGCAUUACUCAUCGAUGUAGAAGGCGAAACCCAAUGAAAUACGACGUAGCAUAAGAAGUAGUAGCAAAAUUAUCAGCUAAAUUGUGAACCCGACGAAGACGAUACUGCUGCUGGAAACACGCUUAGCAGUGAUUUUUUGUUUUUAUUAUAUUUUUAUUUAAACCUGUAUAAAAACUACCUAGAAACUAUUUUGAAAUAUAGUUGGUACAUUUCCAUACGUUUCUUUACGAAAGGAAUCAGUUAUUUCCUUCCCGCUAAGUUGUAUUCUCGUUUCUCUUUUUUAUAUGUAUGUAAUUAUUAUGUUAAAAAUAAAUAUUAAAAUGCAAUAACAUGCUUUUAGGACAUGAAA